GGGAGACUGAAGUACAGAAUUUCAACGAGGUGCUUUUUCAAAGCGUAUAAAUUGCUGUGCUAUAGAGUAUACAACAACAUCUAACCUUGGCGAUUUUGGUGCCACAACGAGGGUGGCACCAUAACUGCAGUAAUCUCUGUUCCUCUUCCUUCAGAAUCAGUAUAGAUAUCUGCAAUGGGCAAGAACGUCUUCGUCACAGGGGGUUUGGGCUUCAUUGGCUCCCACACGGUGUUGGACCUCGUGGUUCAAGACUACGAUGUCACCAUCAUCGACAACCUCGACAAUGCCUUCCCGGAGGCAUGGAGGCGGAUGAAGGAGCUGGCUGGUGACAAGGCACAUAUGAUGAAGUUCAUCAAGGGCGAUCUGCGGAAUUUUGAUGACCUCGACAACAUCUUCAGCGCCACCAAGUUCGAUGCGGUGAUCCACUUUGCUGGGAGGAAGGCGGUGGGCGAGUCGGUGCAGUUCCCCAUGCUGUACUACACCCACAACGUGGUCGGCGCAGUCAACCUGAUCGAGGUCAUGCGCAAGCACAACGUCAAGAACAUGGUGUUCUCGAGCUCGUGCACGGUGUACGGCAACCCGGAGAGGGUGCCCAUCAACGAGGAGCACCCACUCAAGGCGCUCAGCCCCUACGGCCGCACCAAGCUCAUCAUCGAGGACAUCUUCCGCGACGUCGCCGCCGCCGAGCCCGAGUGGCGCAUCAUCCUGCUGCGCUACUUCAACCCCGUCGGCGCGCACCCCUCAGGCAAGAUCGGGGAGCACCCGGUGGGCAUCCCCAACAACCUCAUGCCCUACGUGCAGCAGGUCGCGCUCGGCCAGCGCGACGCGCUCAGCGUCUUCGGCAGCGACUACCCGACGCGCGACGGGACGUGCGUGCGCGACUACAUUCACGUGAUGGACCUGGCGGAGGGCCACGUGGCUGCGCUGGACAAGCUCUUUGCGUCGCCCGACAUCGGCUGCACCCCCAUCAACCUCGGCACUGGCACCGGCUCCACCGUCCUCGAGAUGGUCAAGGCGUUUGAGGAAGCGAGUGGCAAGAAGGUAGCGUACAAGCUGGUGGACAGGCGCGCGGGGGACAGCGUGGCGGUGUGGGCGGCCACGGAAACAGCCGAGCGCGAGCUGGGCUGGAAGACCAAGCUGGACAUCAACGACAUGUGCCGUGACCAGUGGAAGUGGGCCUCCCUCUACCCCAAGGGCUACGAGACCUGAAGCCGGCCCGCGGUGCCGACAGCGGCUGAGGGGCCUGCAACGCUCGUCUGCUCUGCAAACUCGCGUGAUCUGCAUGGGUGACAGCGGCUGAGGGGCCUGCAAGGCAUGGUCUGAGCUGGUCUGUGAGGCUGAGCGGCAUGCAAGAGGGCUGAUCUGCAAGGCUGGGUGAUCUUGAACAUAAGGCCGAGAGGCCUGCAAGGGUGGUCUGAUCUAGUCGGCAAGGCUGGCAGGACUGAGCUGGGAAAGGGCUGGUCUGAGCUGGUCUGCAAGGCUGUUGCAAGCUGAGCGGCCUGCAUGGCUGGCAGAUGCGGUGGUUGUGUCAGUUUCGGACUGUUCCGUGUAGAGUUCGGUCAGGUCUGGGGGUACACUUGGUUGGCUGGCUGUGAUAUCCCGCACGUUGCAAGAGGGGGUCUCUAAGUGCCAGGUUGAUGUGCUCAAAACCAUGUGGCCUGCCUAAAGUGCAGGAUGUGAUAACAACCUGAAGCUUGAGUGCAAUCACUACAAGUGCCAUACAGUUCUUUGCUGGUGACCCCAUGCAAGCUGUGAGAUAAAUAUACGUUAAAAUUAGCUGUAAAGAACUGAGCAGGCAUUU